AUUAGUCUAGCAGAGCUUGGGCACUGUAGGAAUUUCGAUCUUCCUACCUCUUGGCUUCAGAGUUCUAAACUGUGCUAAUUGGGGAGAGGAGGAGAGACCCAGAGGAAUUCUGGGAGGGUCGGGUACCUUUGGAGAGAGAGAGGCAGAAGUGGCUAGUUCCCAGAUUAUAUAGGCCCCCAUGGUUACCAUGUUGGAAGCCAGACUCCAAACCCAGCAGAGGAACAGCCAGGAGACUGGCCUGUGGUCCUCAGGAUUUGGGAUGAAGCUGGAGGCUGUUACCCCAUUCCUGGGGAAAUAUCGCCCCUUUGUGGGUCGCUGCUGCCAAACCUGCACUCCCAAGAGCUGGGAGUCCCUCUUCCACAGAAGCAUAAUGGAUCUAGGCUUCUGCAAUGUGAUCCUGGUGAAGGAGGAGAACACCAGGUUUCGGGGCUGGCUGGUUCGGAGGCUCUGCUAUUUCUUAUGGUCACUGGAGCAGCACAUACCACCCUGUCAGGAUGCUCCACAGAAGAUCAUGGAAAGCACUGGGGUGCAGAAUGUCAUCUCAGGGAGGGCUCCAGGAGGGGCCGGGGAAGGCCAGGUACCAGGACUUGUGAAGAAAGAGGUACAGCGCAUCUUGGGCCAUAUCCAGGCUCCAUUCCAUCCCUUCCUGCUCAGGCUGUUCAGCUGGGCACUGCUGCGGUUCCUGAACUGUGUCUUCCUGAACGUGCAGCUCCACAAGGGUCAGAUGAAGAUGGUCCACAAGGCCACCCAGGCACAGGGCUUGCCGCUUGUCCUCCUCUCUACCCACAAGUCACUCCUGGAUGGGAUCCUGAUACCCUUUGUGCUGCUCUCCCAAGGCCUGGGUGUGCUCCGUGUGGUUUGGGACCCCCGCGCCUGCUCCCCCACCCUCAGAGCACUGCUAAAGAAGCUUGGGGGGCUUUUCUUGCCCCCAGAGGCCAACCUCACCCUGGACAGCUCUGAGGGGGUCCUUGCAAGGGCUGUGGUCCAAGCUGCUAUGGAGCAGCUGUUGGUGAGCAGGCAGCCCUUGCUCAUAUUCCUGGAGGAACCCCCUGGGGCCCAGGGGCCUCGGCUGUCAGCCCUGGGCCAGACUUGGCUGGGACUAGUGGUCCAGGCUGUCCAGAUGGGUGUCAUCCCGGAUGCCAUGCUAGUGCCAGUGGCUAUCACCUAUGACCUGGUUCCAGGUGCACCCUGUGAUGUAUACCACAGCUUGGUUCCACUGGGGUUGUGGACAGGAGCUCUGGCUGUCCUGCGGAGCCUAUGGAGCUGGGGCCACAGCCCCAGGGUCUGUGUCCGUGUGCACUUAGCCCAGCCCUUCUCCCUACAGGAAUACACCACCAACGCCAGAAGCUGCUGGGGCAGCAGGCAGACCCUGGAGCAGCUGCUGCAGCCCAUCGUGCUGGGCCAAUGUAAUGUUGUCCCAGACACUGAGAAGGAGCAGGAGUGGACUCCAGCGACUGGGCCCCUUCUGGCCCUUAAGGAAGAAGACCAGCUCCUGGUCAGGAGGUUGAGCCGUCAUGUCCUGAAUGCCAGUGUGACCAGCUCGGCAGUGAUGAGCACAGCCAUCAUGGCGGCACUGCUGCUCUUUAAGCACCAGAAGCCCCUGUACUGCCCUGCCCCCCAGGGUGUUUUCCUGUCUCAGCUCCUGGGGGAGUUCUCCUGGCUGACGGAGGAGACGCUACUGCGUGGCUUUGACGUGGGCUUCUCAGGGCAGCUGCGGUGCCUUGUGCAGCACACGCUGAGCCUACUUCAGGCACAUGUGGCCCUGCUGCGCGUCCAUCAGGGGGACUUGCUGGUGGUUCCUCGCCCAGGCCCAGGCCUCACACGUCUGGCACGCCUGAGCGCCGAGCUACUGCCUGCCUUCCUGAGUGAGGCUGUGGGUGCCUGUGCUGUUCGGGGUCUGCUGGCGGGCAGAGUGCCACCUGAGGGGCCCUGGGAGCUACAGGGCAUUGAGCUGCUGAGCCAGAAUGAGCUGUACCGCCAGAUCCUGCUGCUGCUGCACUUGCUGCCCCAGGACCUGCUGCUGCUGCAGCCCUGCCAAUCUUCCUACUGCUACUGUCAGGAAGUGCUGGACCGUCUCAUUCAGUGUGGGCUCCUGGUUGCUGAGGAGACCCCAGGCUCCCGGGCAGCCUGUGACACAGGGCGGCAGCGUUUAAGUGCAAAGCUACUGUGGAAACCGAGUGGGGACUUUACUGAUAGUGACAGUGAUGACUUCGAGGAGGCUGAGGGCCGGUACUUCAGGCUCAGCCAGCAGUCACGCUGCCCUGACUUCUUCCUCUUCCUCUGCCGCCUGCUUAGCCCACUGCUCCAGGCCUUUGCACAGGCUGCCACCUUUCUCCACCAGGGACAGCUGCCAGAUACGGGUAAGGCCCACGCUUCCCUGACCAGCCAUAGGGGGACGCUGAGCGCUCUCAGGGCAGGGGCCCCAGGCCUACCUCUUUUCUCUCUCACAGAGUCCGGCUACACUGAGCAGCUCUUGCAAUUCUUGCAAGCCACUGCCCAGGAAGAAGGGUUCUUUGAGUGUGCAGACCCAAAUCUUGCCAUCAGUGCUGUCUGGACCUUCAGAGACCUGGGGGUGCUACAGCAGACACCCAGCCCUGCAGGCCCCAUGCUCUACCUGUCCCCUACAUUCACCAGUCGGGAAAAUCAGGAAAAGCUGGAACAGUUCAUCCGGCAGUUCAUCUGUAGCUAGAACUGUGGGGUGACUUUUCAGCCUGAGAAUACAGCUGUGUCCUGGAGUCAGAAGACUGAGGGGGCUGCACACCCUUACCUGAACUAUAAAAUAGUUUGUGCUUCAUUGUCCCUUGCUGUCUCUUAUAUUUUCCAUCCUUUGGUGUGUUAAAUAAGGGGACUGGACAAGUCUUUUCCCAAGCCCAGAAGUGUCUUUUUUGGGGUAUGUUUUCCCCUUCCCCACCUUGUGAGAAGGCCCUGUCUUGUUCCCUGAAACCCUAAAAGAAGAACUAUAGCAAAA